UAUACUUAUGAUGGGACAUGAUACUACUGCAUCAUGGACAGGGAUAACCACAUCCACAUCCAUGUUGCAGUAGCACCUGGUUAAUGAGGGUGAUAUGCUAGAGAGUUGAGGUCACAAUGAAUAAUUUGUUGUUACUGCUGAUGUGAUUCUACCACAUGAUGUAAAUUGAGGACAGUGCUUAUAAACAACAUGUGAGAGUGAGGUACCCUGCAGACCAGCUCUGCUCACAAAGACACAAGCCAGGCAUCUACUCUGGUUUUGCAUAGAACUCAGUAGCAUUCUGUGCUGUAAUGGAAUAUGGACUGGACAAUUUCUCUUCUUGCUUUUGCUAUUCAAUUACAUCGAUAAUUCAAUAUUUUAUAUUAUUUAAUGCGUCUAUUAAAUACUUCUCUAAGAUGUCAACUCAAGAUGCAACUCAAUCUCAGAUCAACAUCACUGUUGGACGGGGGUUACUGGAAAGAGCGAUGUUGUCCACUGUGUCAACAGUGCCAUGUUUUCUGUUUCUCUUUAUUAAUGGAACAAUGCUGUUCACCUUAAGGAGUAAAUCUGUGUUUUGUGAGACCUCCCGUUACGUUCUUCUGUAUAAUCUACUAUUUGCAGACACUGUACUGAUGGCACUGAGCCAGUUAAUGUACGUACUGGCUGCUUUUAGAAUAAGACUGACAUAUCCUAUCUGUGGUGUCUUUGUUAUGCUCAUUAAUCUCACAAAUGUAAUCUCGCCACUCACACUGGUUCUGAUGUCUCUGGAGAGAUAUGUAGCUGUGUGUUACCCAUUAAGGCAUGCUACCAUCAUCACCAUCAGAAACACAAGGAUGGCUAUUUGUGUUGUUUGGACCUUCAGUUUACUUAAUGUUCUCAUUCAAGUUCUUUUGCUGUUAAAUUUUGCAUUUGAAGACCUGCAGAGCCCACAGAUGACAGAUUAUUGCUCUGGAAUAGCUAUGAUUCUUGGCCCAAUCUCUGAUCUUUAUGACAAAGCCUACACUUGUUUUGUGUUCAUCUUAGCAAGUGUGGCAAUCACUUCUUCCUACAUUGGUGUGAUGGUAGCAGCAAGGUCAGCUUCCACAGACAAAGCUUCAGCACAAAAGGUUUGUAAGACACUGCUGCUGCAUCUAGUGCAGCUGGGCCUCAGUCUCUCCUCAACUAUACAUAACCCAAUGCUCACAGCUAUUUCAAAGGUCCUACACAGGGUGCUACUGGUGCGCAUUCAAAUUGUUGUUUAUCUAUGUAUAAUCAUCUUUCCAAGAUGUCUAAGUGCUCUCAUCUAUGGAAUCAGGGAUCAGACCAUCAGACCUCUCUUCAUAUGCCAUUUAUGCUGUCAGCUGAAACUUUCAGUUAUAUCAACCAAGGCUGGGGUCUCACCUUAG